AUGGUACACCACGUGGGACAUGCCACCUUGAUGAGUCCAACCGCAGUGGUUCUUUGGAUGGUCGCAGGGAUGGCCUGGACAUUCAGAGAUCAUACCUGCCCAUGCAACCAACGAUGUCCAACUGAUGACCUUUACUCUAAAGAGAACAUCAUAGACAACCUGCUGUAUGAAGAAAACAGGCUGUCGGGGCUGACAUUGGCAGAGCGGAGAUCACCGGAUGUCCUGAGGG